AUAAAUACACGUCGACCACUAUGCUCGCAGCUUAUGCCAAAGCAAAACCAGAAGCGCCAAUGGCCAAGGGUCGCAAAUUCCCCACCACGACCGGAAGCGAGCGCUUCUUGGGAUUGGGAAUGGGAACAACAACAACAACCUACUCCUCCCAGGGCUCCGCCGCCGCCGACCGGUCGGAGUUCUGGGAAGAGGACGUGUGGUCCACGGCGGAACACCGUGACGGAGAUGUGAAUGCCUGCCCCGGCGAGUGGGAGGCAUGCGCGCCGCCGCGGCGUCGGAACAACAGGGAGAACUGCAACGUGGGGGGUUUGUCGCUGGCGUUCGAGGAUGGGUCCGGUGGUGGUACGAGGAUAGUGCACCACCAGUACCGCGCGCAGCACGACGCCGUUUCGCGCCAACGCCAAAUGGCCACGUCAGCGCCCGUGAACGUGCCCGACUGGAGCAAGAUCCUCCGGGCCGACUCGGUGGAAUCGCUGCACGGGAUGGACGACGGCUUCGACGAGAACAACGAGUCGGAGAUGGUUCCUCCGCACGAGUACUUGGCGCGCAGCCGCAAGAUGGCGGCGAACUCGGUUUUCGAAGGGGUGGGUCGCACGUUAAAGGGCCGCGACAUGAGAAGGGUUCGUGACGCCGUUUGGAGCCAGACCGGGUUCGACGGCUGACUUCCUCGCUCCGGUUCGCAACUUGUAAUUCAAUCGAUAAUCCUUUUUAAUUUAUUAUGGUUAUGGUGGUGGCGGUGGUUAAUUAAAAAUUUUGGGGAAUUUUCAAAAAAUGAAACAAUAGGAUUUAGUUUGUUAUUUUUUUUUUCUUUUGGAGUUUGAUUUUCCCUUUUUUGGGUUGUUAUUAAAAUUGGAUGGGUGGACUCGGGUUAAGAGAGUCCGAGUCUGUGGCCAGUGAGCCUAAGCAUAUAUAUAUUGGGAAAAAAAAAAUGGAAUUUGAUCAAAAUCGCUCUAGUUCUGUUUUUGGAUAAAUCUGUAUUCCAUUUCCAGAUAUCACAUGAGGAAGGAUAUGAAUAUGAUGCGAUAAAAUCUGAAAAGGAAA